AUGGCGCAUCAGCAGCAAGGCGGAGAACGACCUCAGGGCACAUUGCAGCUAGAGGAGUUCACAAAGUUCGUGCCACCAGGGUGGCGCCUUCACAUCAAAGGUUACACGCUUCGGGGAUACAUGCAGAAGCUGAAGCUGUGGUGGAGAAUCACUGAGGAGCAUCAAUAUGCAAGAAUUGGACCGCUCAUAGUUUCUCGAAUUCAAGGAGCUCCCUUCACUGCAGCGAUGUCGUUCACACACGUCAGAGACGGCGUACAGUAUCGAGGAGAUGAAGCAAUAGCACUUCCAGCACAGGCAGCCAAUCCACCGGACCAGCAAGAAGAUGUGCCCGGCAUCAAACACUUCCUCAAUCAGCAGAAGGCCAUCUAUGAACUACAUGAUCAAGAUAGAGAAGACGGCCUAGUCAUGAACGACACUGGCCGCAGUCACUUCUUGUUGAAGAACAGUGGGGUAUCGGACAAAAGGCUGGACGACUUGAAGUUGCACGUGGCAGGAGAUUUAUCACAGUAUCGAGUAUUGCAGGGUCUCACGAUGCGGCUGGGCAAGCAGGACCAGAUCGGACAGCAUACCGACUGGGCCUGGUACGGCGAAUCAGGAGACGGCGCCGACCACGAAGGAAUGGACGAAUGUUGGUACGAGGCCUACAACGAUGAGCAGUACGAGUGGGGCUACGACCAGGACUAUGGAUGGACAGCUACCCAGGAUGGAGAAUGGUAUUUCCAGGAGUACGACGACAUCUGGGCUAAGUACGAUGAGAACGGCGACAUGAUAGAAUACUACGAGACAGAUCAGGAUGACCACGACACCUACUUCGGCGGCAAGGUAAAUGGCACGAUCGGACACAUUUCCCGGCAAAUGAUCGACAGCACCAAGCACAACCACAUCGACAACCGACCUCAACACCGUGAAAGGGCAAAGGCAAAGGUCAGUCCUGAGGAGCUCAACGACAUCACCAUCAAGUACACCAGCUCCAAUGACACUGGCUCAGAAGUUGUCAAAGCAGCAACCUUCACGGGUAUCAACGGACAGGCAGACCCCUCAUUCGGUGAGUUUCGAGGGCCAGUCUGGGUUGAAGGCAUGCAGAGCGGCGCCACCUACCAGGCGGACCUCAUUGGCGGCUCUGGAGCACGGUGUCCGGGCCUUCUGCCCAGCAGUACGAUGAUGAAGCAGAAAUGCAUCCUGUUCGAGAACAUGCAUCAUAACGGAGACGGCAUCCUGGCGUUUGUUCCAGACGACAGGGUAUCCACGAUGGCGCGAGUACUACUCACAUAUUCAGGACAUUACUUGCUGCCCACAGAUGUUUUCAACAUUCAAUCUGAGCAGGUAGCCGACGAAAUGAUCAACCUGAUCGAGGACCACAUCAACAACAUCGACACCAUCGAGACAGACAUGCGGAUCGCAUCAGAACACGGACGCCACGAAGUUCUAUGGUGCAUGCAGACAGUUCAGCAGCAGUAG